AACAUGAUGACAUCUCCAAAGUUUGUCUUUUAUCUGACUUCUUUGUUUUUGGGGAAAAUGGUUCAGACGACCGAUCUGAAUUUCUCCUCAUCUGUUAAUCAAGAGAUUCGUUUUCUAUCAGUUACAACUGGGGAAAGAUUGACGUUGCAGUGUUUCUAUGAAGGUGCUGUAGCAGCAAGGCUUUUCUGGUACAAACAGACACUGGGACAAAAACCAAGGCACAUCUCUACCUUCUACAAAUACGACACAAAAGGAGUUUUUCAUGCUGAAUUCAAUAAUUCACGUUUCACAUUGGAUGCUGAAGGAGGUAAAAAUCACUUGAGGAUAUCAGAUCUGCAAAUUUCGGACUCCGCUACUUACUACUGCGCAAGUCGCUAUUCAUACAAGUUUGAUUUCAUGCAGGGCACUUUUGUCAGUGUCCAGGGUUCAGGUUUGAACGUUCCAACUUUGGUCCACCAGUCAGCAUCUGAGACCAUCCAGCCAGGAGGCUCUGUGACUCUGAACUGUACAGUUCACACUGGGACCUGUGAUGGACAACACAGUGUUUACUGGUUCAAAGACUCUGAAGAAUCUCAUCCAGGACUCAUUUACACCCAUGGAGGCAGGAAUGAUCAGUGUGAGAGGAAACCCAACACACAAACACACACCUGUGUCUACAACCUGCCAAUGAAGAGCCUGAAUCUGUCUCAUGCUGGGACCUACUACUGUGCUGUUGCCUCGUGUGGACACAUACUGUUUGGAGACGGGACCAAGCUGGUCUUUGAGGAGGUGGAUUCUCUUGUCUUGGUAUAUUUCUUGAGUGGAGCAUUAGCAUUCACCAUCAUCCUGAGUGUCUUACUGGUUUUCUUACUGUGCAUGAUGAACAAGAGGAACAUCUGUGAAUGUACAGAGUCUCAUGCAAAAGGUUCACCCUGCUCCACAACGAAUGCAGAGGUUGAACAAAAUGAAGAAAACAUCAAUUAUGCUGAUGUAAGGGAACUCAGGGUCAACAGAUCAAGAAGACAAAGGAACUACACCGAGACUGAAUGCACGUACUCAAGUAUAAAGAAGUAGAAGUGGACACGUUUCCAAGCAAGCCCAUGAGACACUGCUCAUCUUAUCUUUCUUGUGACUAUGGGUUGAAGAAGCCAGUGAUGUUCCUUUCCUAAAGAUUUGUUGAUUAAUUUGCUGGCUUGGACUGCAUUAACUGUAUUCAAAUGUAAAAAAGUUAAAAAAUGUUUUGUUCUCCAACAAAAUCAAGUUUUAGGAAAUCAGAUAGUUAAAGAUAUUUACAACAUAUGCUUAAUGUUCAUGCUUGUAGGUAAGACAGAACUGUAUGAAUGCACGCUGUUUUAUAAAGGAGAAGAGGAAACAAAGAGAAAGAGGGAGGGAAGGUCUGAGGGAGAGAGAACAGUUACAGGACUACAAAGCGGAAGUAUGACCUUCGUCAGAACGAUGAGUCAAGGCAAUCAAGCAUUAACGUCUCAUUGGCCAAACAACCUUCAAGAUCGAUCCGUUCUCACUCCCAACGUGUCAAAUAUUAACACUUGGUCAGUGUCACUUGGCGUAGUUAUUUUAUUAUAAUACAAACCAUAAUCUUUUCCCAUACCUAAAUCAAGUAGUUUUGUUGCGCAAGUAAACCUAAAGACCUAGUAAAUUUUAAAAAGACAUUGCAUGCAUGUAACGAGCAGAACCUGACACGUCACCCCUGGCACGUUUAAGAUAACUUGUUGUUAAGACAGUCACCACUAAAAUAGGAAAAAAAACUGGACUGACCUUUUUAAGAGUCAACAUGUAUUGGCUCUAAGACAAAGUGAAUCUUUAAGUAUAUACAUUGGCCUCAGCAUUUGAAGGCCCUUUUGUUAAUCAGUCUGCUAUUAUAAAAAGUCAAAUCCUAGACAAACUCAGCCAAAGUUAACACAGUUUCCUGUCUGUUUGGUCUGUGCUCUUCUCAGUGGUUUGAAGUAGGCGGGGAUCCCAUGGGCAAAUGUGUUCAAAAACCACACACAAAUUCAUGAUGAAGUAGAUGUGCUGAUUUUUUAAACAUGUAAAUGAUUCUGAUGUAAAAUAAUUUUGGACUUGUUACAUUUUAUGAAGAUAAACUACCAGUUGCUUCAAGUGUGGUGUAAUAACUUGCAUGAAUGUUGUACAGUGGUAAUAAAUGCAGAUAAUGAAUAAGCAAA